AUGCCGAAAGCUGAAGACACCAUUGAAUCAAGCGGAAAACCUGAUGGUGUUUAUUACCUGGCGGAGAAGGACUUGAAGAGAACAGAGCGCCACUGGGUUAUCUCAUGCCUCCACUAUGGAAAGCGCGACGUAGUGCUCAAACAUGUUGUAUUCAGUGCCAAAGGGCAGCCUGUCUCCUACAAGAUCGUCAGGCGGAUAAAUGCCAGACCGCCACCUUCAACAUUUUUUAUAAUGCCCUUCAAAGAUGAAGACAUCUUCCAUCUCGUCUACACUAAAGAAUACGACGUGGAGGAUGACAAGCACAGGAUACCCGCCCGCGUCCAUGUAUUCCUCGGUCCGAAGAUUGGCAAAAUUGAGGUUGGAACAACAAGUCGAACUUCAGGUUCUAUCACUCAACAGCGGAAGAACGAUACCAACUUCACCAGGAUAUGGAAGCGCGCGAAGGCGGAGGCGAUUGCUGCUGGACGCGCCCAAAAUCCCAUUGUCCUCGUAACUUUUGCUUAUGAGACUCAUGACCUUUUCCACGCCGUUGAAAUCACAGAAGAUGCCUUUGAAACAGCCCGCGGAAAGCUCCCCGCAUUUGCGCUUCCACCGUCAACGACAACAGGAAACCUGGAAAAUGCAGACAGCGCCCUGGACGUCGUUAAUCAACUCAUCGGUGAAGAUGCUGCAGAGAAUAAGUUCAAGCUGCAAGCCAACAUGAGGAAGUACGAUAAACAAGUCUUACGGGAUUUAAAGCGGUAG